AUGCUUCGAAGUUUGUUGGGGAAAUCAAGCAGUCGUUCCGCCACAUCCAAAUCCAAGUCCGACCGUCAUCGCCGUCGUGAUCGCGAUGAGCGGUCAACCACUUCCUCAUCUCGCCACAAGGCGAAAAGCACUCACAAUUCGUCCACGCCCUCUUCUUCCGGUCGAAAGUCUGCACGAGGUGACGAUCGUGGUCUAGACGUCGAUCCCGCACUAUCUACAUAUUCUUCCUCUUCCCGUAGAUACCACCCUGAGAGUGCCGCGAAGUCGACGGUUUCAAGUAGUUAUGUAACGGCGGAUCCUGGAGACCCUGCGGAUGAUGCAUACGAUGGCGGAGAGGAGCGACCAGAGUAUAAGUAUGGCGGCGGCGAGAUGGGCGGCCCGCAUGAGAUUUACCGCGAAGAGAGGUCACUCCGGUCGCAUGCGCGGAGGCAAGAGCGGCAUGCACGCAAUGAAAGUUACGAGCGCUUGCGGAGUAGAGAAAGUGAUGGGGAGCGAGAAGAGAGGAGGCGACGCAGGAGAGAACGAGAAGCGUUAGAGAGGAUGGAUGAACACCCAGAGGAACCGAGACGACACCGGGGGAGAACUGAGAGUGGAGAUGGCAGUGAGGAACGGCCACUUUACUCUUCUUCUCGGGCCGCUCCGGAUUCGAUUGAACCCCAUAUAGCGGAGUCUUCCUCGCCUAGAGCUGAGACAUUCACGACGCCGACUUCCAUUCCUGACGCUCACCCUUCAAGUCGACCAGCCGACCCAGCGCCUCCGCCGGCAAAAUACGGUUUGGCAGCUGAGUAUUAUAAUGACCAGGGCCAGUCAGUUUCUACGCAGCCCGGCGUUAGACCGGAAUCACCAGUGCCCCCGAUAGUCGCCGGAGCGCAGCCACAUUUGACGUCAUCUCUCACAACUCCAGCUCCUCCUGUAGAGCCUAGUACAGUUGGUCAAAAUGGUGCAGCCUCACCCUUCUACGAUAUAACUUCAACGCAAGCUAACGAGUCGCAUCCUAUUAUAGACGUAACAGCUCCACUAGGCAUGCCACCGAAACCUGAAAGCACUCCAUCCACUGUCUCUCAACCUACCUAUGGAAUCGACCCUGCUUUGCUGACUGAUCACGACCAAGGACAACCACCCGCUCACGGCACGCCUAUUGGUCAAGCCCAAAGCUUUACAAAUGGACAGCAACAGCACCAAUAUACUUCUUCUUCACAUCAGGGAAUGGCAGCACUUGGAGCAGGCGCCGGAGUUGCAAGCGCUUCUGGCCUUGCGUACAACGUAGCCCACAAGCCACAUCAUUUUGCCCACGCCCAGUACCAACCGGGAUCAUUUGAAUAUCAUCGUGAACGUCAUGGUCCAUUACGCCGGUUUAUUGAUUUCUGGAAAGAUCCCGAAGGUGUUGCCCAGUUUGAAGAGUAUUCAGAAAUCAUUGGUGUCUGUAAGUACUGUUUUGAACCGGGCACAACGUCGAAAGAUGCUCCGAGAAAACACAACCAUCGACGCCGGUAUUCAUACGAACCUCCAUCCAAUAGAGCUAGGGUUGAUAAACAUAGCCGAUAUGCAUCUUCGGACGAUGAAAGUCGCCGAAAACGAUCGAACAGGAGAUCAUGGCUUGCUGGAGCCUUGGCUUCGUACGUUGGAAAAUCGCUAUAUGAUAAGACUAGGUCCAGCUUUGGCGGCUCCAGCGCUAUGUUGAGGGAGUCACCAAGUCCAACGUCGUUGUCGAUUACUCAGAGCAUAUCAUCAUCUGAGGCCAAGGGUCGUACAUCCCUAGGUGUUGCGAAAAGCUCUAAUCGCAGCUAUUCUACAAGUCUGCCAGAAGACACAUUUACUGAAUUCAGGGGAGGGAAUGGUACUUACCGCCUUCCCUCUGAAAUCUUCAGCCCUCCAAAAUCCCGCGUUUCGAAGCAACAUCGCCAGUCAGAAUCGGGCACCUCCUCAUCAGAAAGGGGCCCAAGUUCUAUCUUGACAGAAGCUGCUCCUGGGACUUCCAUUGCUGCCGCCGCUUCUUCAUCUUCGGGAGCUGCUCGAAAGGCUCGAAGUGGUUCCCACAGAAAGUCUCGAAGAAGGCGAUACUCAACCUCCAGUUCUUCAGGUUCUCUCGUGGACAUAUCUCGGCCAUCUGGCAGGUCUGGGCUGGCAGGACUGUCGUAUUUCUUUACGGCCCCGUCAGAAAAGCGACCGAAGGAAAAAUCCAAAAAGCCGAGAACGAAGAAAAGAGGAUUUUUUGGUUUCCGUUCUGUAUCUUCGUCUUCAUCGGAUGAUGCCGAUCUCGCGUUCGGGACUGGUUUUUACAAGGUACCUUCCCGCAAGUCUAGAACUCGGAGGCAAGAUGAAGAUUUGGAUACGAAGUUGUUUGAUUUGGAGUCUACCGCCGCUUCAUUAGCUAGCGCGGCGUCUCGCAUGAGCGGGCGCCGUCGCUCUGAUGUUGCAGCGGGAAAAGCAGCACGCCGCCGUAGCCCAGGGGGUCGCGCUAAGUCUCAGUAUACAUCUAGCGACAAUCCGCUGGAUGACGAAGAAUGGGAGUCGAUGUCAUCAUCGGAGUCGAGCUUAGAUUCAGCCUUAGCAUAUGGUGACUCUUCAGACUCAGGAACUUCAAGAUGGGGAUGGAGAUGGGUUAAGCGUCGGAGGGAAAAGUCGAAAGCAUCCGGAUCCACUACCGGUAGACCCGGUCCAACCGUGAUAGAAGGUGCACCCACCGAAAGUGACACUGGCCUGUCAUCUAUGCAUAAGGUCCAUCCCAUUACUACAUCUGACCCUUUUCGAUUCGAUGCUGCAUCGGGGAGUUUGAUUUCGAGUUCUACUCCAGGUCAUUCACGAGAGCCCUUGUAUGCGUUCCAUGCAGAGCCAAUAAACAUCGACCAACCUCAGCCUAUCGCACCCAUUUCGCAAAAUAUUUACCAACGAGCCGAAACCAUUCCAGCUCAAACCACCCCAGUUAUUCAUCCCAAAUUUAACACAGUAUCACUAAGCAGACACGAUUCUGCUUCGUCAGUGGCGGAGCCAUCCAACGAGCCCCUCGACUCUUAUAGAAAUCGACGUAAAGAUUAUGAUGAGCGGCAUUCUAAAACUUCCCGAAAAGAAAAUGGUCAUCAGAGACGCGAUUCUUCACCGCUUGAUCCAAUCAAGCGGCCUGACAGCCCCGAAUCAAGACAGCACAAACGCUCCACUUCUCAAGUUCAGUUUGAUUUGACUGACGAGCAAGCUGAAAAGGAGCUUCGACUUCAAAAACUCGAAGAAGAAAAAAGGGCUACACGCAAGGACCGUGUCUCUCGACCCUCCUCGGACUAUGGUUCUUUUAAACCGGAAUCUAGCUCUCGUCGAGAUACACAACCCACGUAUGUGGAAAUUCGCCCGAAAGACUACGAUGAAUAUAGCGACAAGCAAUCAGAUUAUUCACCGUCUACUACUGUAGGCGCAACAAUUGUCGGGGCAGCUGCUACAUCCACCAUUCUCAACGAACUAGACGAUGAGCGCAGUGAUAAGCGCAGAGAGGCACGGCGAGAGAAAAGAAGAGAUGAACGACGUGGCUACACUGGUUCAGACGAGGACAAUAGGACCACAUCCAUGGUAGAUCAGAAGCAAUAUGGAUCAGGUGACGAGGAUGAGUCUGUCCGGAGAGCUCGGCGAAUUGCGAGAAAGGCUUCCAAGCGCAUUGUCUCUUCUCCAGUUUAUGAGAGCUACGUGGACUACUUCACUCCGGAAGAAGUGCGACCUACUAAAGGCUCCCCUCGCUCAGACGCUAGUUCAGAGCACUAUUCAGUCAAAUAUUCGCCUAAGAUUCGAUUUGACAGGGAGAUAGCCAAAAUGUCCGAAGGCGUGGAUACUAGCCGUCUUCCGUGGCCAGUUCCUCGUCUUAACCUGAUCGAGCCGACCCCUCCGCAUAGCGCUUCCGGUUCAGUCAUCCUCGAAGACGACAAGUCCCAUGGUCCUUCUGAAGAGCCUGCGCCUUCAUCCCCUGUAAUCGACGAUUUCUCGGACUCCCGGAGUGUAUCUCGAGAGGUAGAGGACAUUCAAGACCCUGUGGCCACCAAAGAAGAUCGAAAGACGGACAGUGAUCAUAUUCUAGGCCUAGGAAUAAACGCUGACUCAGUUUCCGUCGAUGAGGUUGCAGAAACUCCAAUGCAGGAGCGAUCUACCAGGGAUGGAAUAUCCGAAACACCUGAGGUGGAGAAUAUCGAGGAUGAGGGUGACGACAGUGCCAGGUUAUCUGAAGCAAUUGCCUCUCAACAAAUGCCCGGUGGGUUUGACGAUGAUAUCGAAUUUGUGGCUACCGUCUCUGCCUGUGCCAAAAUGGCCGGGUUUGACCCUUCCAUCGUUACUGAUGAUCCGAUAUAUUAUUCUCGCAACUCUCCUUCCGGCUCCCAAUCUGAAGAGAUUCCGUUCAGGGCGAUACUUGAUGACAUAGAUGAUCCAUUCACUGAAGGGAGCACCCGGCCAUUCCGUGGGUUUGUGGAAGCCGAAUCAUUACCACCGUCAGAUACAGAGGAGGAUAAAGCUCUUGCUCAGAAAUCGUCAUCUCAAGACGACACUAAGGACGACGGACCUAAGGAUGAGCGCCCGCAAGAAAAGCCCCGCGAUUCUGCACGUAAUGAACCAGCAAGUGCAAAGGACCUCCAACAGCAUCAGUGUUCAGAAUAUCCACAGCCUGAAGUAAAUUAUCGUGGGGAAAGUCGUGAGUUUUUUGAUGCCGAAGAAGGACCGGUUCAAAUUGUCGACAAAGACGGUGGAAUGAAGCCAACGAAUCACGAACACACAAACCAACAUAAACGAUCCUCAGAGGGCCCCGGCCCCAAGUUUCAGCCCUCCGAGAACCUGGAGCGGGAUCAAGUAAUGGGCGGGAAAGCAGGCGAUUCUACCUUACGAGACAACUUCAACCAGUCUGAAGAAGACGCUGAACCGAUAAGUAAAAAGUCGCGACGGAAAUCGAGGAGCAAGAAAAAAAGUGGCAUUGAUGCUAAUGAUCUAGAUGCGGGGCCUUCGAUACCGCAUGCCCGCGAUGAUGAGAGACAGGAAAUUGUGGAAGCUACGUCGGCUGAGUUGAAACCAGAAGACGAUCCUCUUGCAGACGAUCCGGUAUCCACGGCAGCUUCUAGGGACAUAGAAUUUGUCUCUCAGCUUCAGGAAGAAAAUCCUAGAGAGCAUAGCGUCCCGUCACACAUCUCGUUGUCUAAGGGUAAGAGAAAAAAGGGGAAGCGGAAGAGCAGUGGCUUCUCAGCACUGGAAGAGAUGCCCACAUCUUCGGAAUACCCCGAGGGGUUGAUAGUAAAUCCCACUGAAGUUGACUCAAAACAAGGCGCCUUUCUCACAGAUCUUGAUCGUGAUAAAGGUGCGUCGCUGCUAAGUGAGCACCAAGACCAAGAUCAGAUGGUUCCCUCGUCCCAGAAACAGAAGCGUAAGGACCGUAAGAAGGACCGAAGGAGUCGCUAUGAGGAGAUUGUUGACUCAGGCAAACGAGCAGAAACAAAGACGGAUUCCACCGCGACUGAGCCCACGGCCAGGGGUGACGCCUUUACCUACAAUCAGGAUUCGAUUCCCAAGCCUUUUUUAGAAGGUAGCCCCGAAAUACCAUCAAAUGAUGCUACUUCGGGGACUGGUAAAGGUUAUCAGCCCACAGAUCCGCAAAUUGAGCCUACGACACCUGUCGCUUCAAUCUUUGGUCAACGAGUCCGAAGCCGCUCAAGUUCCCCUUUCCCUAGCCAAAGGUUUGAGCUGCCACCACACUCACGUAGCCGACCCGUUUCACCAGCAGCGAGUAGGCCAAGACGUAUUUCCGUUCGUGGUGAUCCGGAUGUGAAUCCGCUCGCAACCCCAUCGCCAACUGCAAUACCGCUACAUUUCCGUCGACCCGUUAGCUGUCAUGGCUCUCCCACAGCUGGAUCAGAGAUAGCCCCAUCAGUAUCCCCAACCGCAACCAAGGCCCAUAAGCGGCCCAAGUCAACGGAGUUUAAAACUGACCGGGAAUUGCGCCCCCUCUGGCUCGUUGAACGACAUAGCUCGGCUAGAACAGAGCAGGCGCCCGAAGGGCCGUAUCCUUCCCUUCCGUCAAGCCGAACAACGUCCCGAACUCCUUCAAUGGAGGACUUGAGAACCCAUAAUGAGCCACUGUUUGCAUACGAUCAGCCGCUUCUGAGUCCGCGUCGUCAACCAAUGUCAUUGCAUGUUGACACGAGUCAGGCACCACAGAAUGAGGAUGUUCUAGACUCCAAGCAAGCAACACCGACUGUAGACACCUUUCAGCAGGUGCAGAAGAGGGAUAAGCUAAAGUACGAAUUUCACUCACCAUCGGAACUUCUUAUGGAGCCCUUUGAUGUGGCAGUCAAUCGUCUGCCUCCGUUCCCACCAUUCCCAAGUUCUGUACCUUUUCUAGACCCGGAUCUUCCACCAUUGCCGGACAGUGCGCCGCCAAGUCCUAUUACUGAAGCUGAAUCAUGGCACACGCCUGGUGAUAGAUCCAGCAUAAGUGCACAGUCUGACUCCACUGUCAUCCCGGAUUUCAAUUAUGAAUUCCCUGUUCCCGUGGAUGAUGUCCAAGGUCCAGAAUCCGUAAGCCGUCCAUCAACAGCUCUAAGCGCAUAUGAAUCGGCGGUCGAACAUGAAGAGCCGGGGGAUCAUACCCCCGUUCCUGCUUCUCCAGUAUCCACCAUAAGAGCGCCUCUUGAAGAGCAUCCCAUCGAACUAGUUCACAUGGACCCCGCGGCUCAAGACCCUUCCGAAGAGGCUUUGACUGGAAUCGAGGCACAGGCCGAACGUGGUAUACCCGAAUCACCGAGUGAAGACAAAUUUGAAGAAGCACAUAGUGUACUUGGCCAGGAAGAUGAAACACAGAGAGACCCUGGGUUCCCAGGAAGCGUGAAAUCCAUAGACGCUGGAAGAACACCUUCUGCGCCUCCGGAGGAAGCAAAGGAACAUAUCAGUCUUCCAACUGUUGAUGGCUCCGCCAUGCCUGAUUCAAAAGAUGAUCUAGAAAGGGCAACGUCCCAUUUGAAGGAUACUGUACCGGGCCGGGAACCGACGCAGAGUGCGGAAGUGGCCUUGGCCCAAGCCCCCGACUUUUCCCAAAUAGACUCAGUCAACGAGGCGGAUGAAAAUCCGGACAUUGCAGAGCCUCUGGCGACUGAUGCUACAAGUGAGCCUUCAAUACCAACCCGUAUCGUUGAAAUGGAAGCACCUGCGGUGGACGGCACCAAUCUCCCAGAAUCUAGGGAGACCGCUUUUCAUGAGAAACCAGAGGAGAAAGUGGAUGCUGCUUUACCCAUGGUCCUGGAGGAACAGGAACAAGUGUUGGCCUCUCAAGAAGCUAAUGAGUUUGAGAUACCUGCACACCCUGAUAAUCAUCCAAUAGUAGAAUCUGUCGAGUCUUCCGUUAAAGUGGAGAUGGUUGACAUUUCAACCCUCUCAGAAAGCGGCGAAUACGGUGUUUUGGAACCCGAAGGAGGGAAGUUUUUAUCUGACGAUGCCUUGGUAGACUCAAUUCCGGGAGAUGCGCCUCCUGUGUCAACUGAGCCUUUCACUUUGACCCAGGACAACGCCAGUUCUGGUAACCUUAACGUCAAUGAUGAAGCUACCGAAAAGAACGACGAUUUCUUUAUUCUCUCCACGAAGUCAAGGAAGGGUAAAAAGGGAAAGAAGAAAAAUCGAGGUCCAAACCCGGUCUUCGAAAACAGCCAAGAAGAAGCGGCUUUGUCUGGGAAGAAUAUAGUUGAGGACGAGCCAGCCGACACUGGUGCUGAUGAGCUGAAGGGAAUACCGUUAAACGAUACCCAGUCUACCCUGGACAACGUACAACUGGCUACUAAUGAUCCUGGACCUGCUCUCGAAGAAACGACUAAGAGUGGGCCCCCCGACUUUAUCCCGGUUCCCAAGAAGAAAGGUAAGAAAGGCAAGGCGAAAGGCAAGGGAAGGGGGAACCAGCCAGGAACGACAGAACCUCAACUCGUAAAUGUCGGUGUUCCAGAAAAGCCAGUUGAAGAACUAACGCCUUUGCCAUCCCUUUCCCCUCGCGAUGACGCACCCGAGGAUAAUAGCGGAGUAACUCUUCGAGAUGCACUGGUUUCAUCUCCUCCAGCCACAAGUGAACCGCAAGAAGAAAUCGACCCUGCAUCUAAACAAGAAGUGGGUGAAUCUUUGGCUACGGAGAGCUCUCCGAUCGACGGAAAGGGUGCGCAGGGUGAAGAGCAGGGCGAGAUAUUACACGAUAAUGCCGAACAAGUGGUUGAACCGCAGGAUCCAUCGCAGCAUGACAAUCAGGUCUUAGCUGAACCCCCAGCACAAGAGCAAGCGGCAGUUAUGGAUGCACCUAUUGAAAAUGCUGCAGAUACUUUUAACCCCCAAAUUGAAGACGCCGAGAAACCCCACAACCGUGAAAUCCUAGUUGAGGAAAGCCCGGCAGAGGAAAAGGUUGCUGCAGGGCCACAUGAGGAAUCUCUGGCCGAACAACCCCAUCCUGAGGGGUCAGAUUUGCAGACUCCGGAGGAUUCGCCGCCGGCAAACAUUGCAACGGAGCCAACCGAGGCAACUGAUAUCGAUUUUGCGCCUAUACUUUCUAAAAAGGAGAAGAAGAAAAAGCGCAAAAGUAAGCAAAUUCCCGCCGCAAACGUUCCCACACCUCACAAUGCCGGUGAUAAAGACGGAAAACCUUCCGAGAUCGAUUCGGUUCAACGUUCCGACCCUGAAAAGCCCACAGAUGGUGAUGUUGCGGUAGACAAUACAGCCCAAGGCACCAUUGAGGCUACCAUGGCCACAGAAACGGACUUUGCACCGACUCUUUCAAAGAAGGAAAAAAGGAAAAACCGGAAAGAUAAAAAGGUCGCAGAUGAAGUUCCUUCCGAAGAUAAAUCGCCUGAAGAGCAAGAAGUAAAAUCUCCUGAGACUGAGACAGUGCUUGAAUUCUGCAGAGCAUCCGAAACGGAUGCGUCGAAUGAGAAUGUUCCGGGCGGGCCCGCUGAUGCCGUUGAAGCAAGUGAAACAAGCUUUGAAUCAGCUGCAACGAAAAAGGCGAAGAAGAAAAGCAAAGGGAAACCACCAUUAGCAGAUGCUCUCCAGAACGAGCCGGAGCUUAUGGAGCUUGACAUGAAAAAACCCGAUGCCGAAGCUACUGCUGAAGCGAUGGAAGAACCAUCUAUCGAUCCUUGUGCUCCGUUGACGGAUCCUAUUUCUGAGCAACCGCUUAGCGAGCCCGUAGAAGUUGAUGAAGUUGAACCUGAUCCAGUUGUAACAACAAGUGAUCUAUCAGCUGAGGCAAGUGCUUUGCCUGCGGCUAAAAUUGUUAAGGACGACGAUAAAAGUGCCUUGGAUGUUGCAGACCCUCCCGAAGCUGCAACUGAACAACCGGACAAUGAGGAUGGUAGUUCGUCUAUAGAUGCCGCGAUUUCGGGAUCUACUGAAGCUCACCAAGCAGAUCACGGAGCUUCCCUUACAAAAAGGGGCAAAAAGAAAAAGGGAAAAGGCAAACACACCGUGACAAGCAAUGAUUUGGCCGAUAAAGACACCCAGCAGCCCAAUGACGUUCCUUCAGAUAUGCCCCUAGCUCCUACAGACAAAGUCAAAGCGCCGCAACCCGAGACAGAUCCUCUAUCGACCAACGAUGAUACGACGCUACCUGCAGAGAAGCUUACCAAAGUUAGCUUUACACCCAUCGCCCGAAAGAAGAGUAAAAAAGGAAAGGGCAAAGGCAAGUUUCAUGUCGCUGAUGUGGUUGAAAAGCCAGUCGAGCCUGUUAAACGGGAACUCGUAAACGAGGCGGAGAUCUCUGCAGAGGCACCCGAAGAAGACAAGCCUGCUACCGCAGACAUUCAGGACGAACAGUCGUCCACGCAUAAGUUAUUCCCUGGGGAGAAAAGCCCGCGCCUCGAAAGUGCCCAGCUUCUUAUUCCAGAGGAAGGUCAGGGCCUAUCACUCAAAUCACUGGAGGUUGCGGAGAUACCAGUUCCUGAGGCAGCUAAAGAUAGCGACUCUACCUCGCAACAACUUCAAAACCCUGCAUCUAGUGAUGUCCUGAAUGAUCCUGAAACCAACAAGGAAGAUCAGGCUCUGAUCGAACCUUCAGCAACGAGUCUCGCUUCCCAAGACGGCGAAAUAAUAAAACCUACCGAAUUGGUAACGAAUGACCCAUCCAUUGAGUCAACAGAGCCUUGUAGCAUGCAUGAACAUGAACUUCCAAUGUCAGGACACCCUAAUUCAGACAAGCCCGAUAUUCUCCCUACCUCUGAAGUUCCUGCAGGUGUUGCUCAAGAUUCGGAUACGAAAGUCCUCUUGGAGCACCCUUCCGUGCCGGAGCCUUCACCAGAUGAAACUCCAACUCCGUUCGAAUUGCAGGAACUGCAGGAAACGCUGGCUGAAUCUGUAGAUCCCGACACAGUGCCAAAGGAAACAUAUCCUUCCCUGGUGGACUCAGAUCCUCCGCGCGCAACAGAAAUGGGCGAUAUUGAUGGUAAUUGGAACCAACCCAAGUCAAAAAAAGGCAAGAAAGGAAAGAGAAAGAGUCGGACUUCUACUCUAACAGUGCUGCCCGAAAUUGAAGAGGCUGGUCAAAGCGAGCCCGCUUCAUUAGCCAAUGACCCGUCGGCAGCAGAUGUUGCAGAGGUUCAUUUAACACAAGACGAACCUGGCCCAUCGCCCAUUGAGCCUAAGCAUGCACAACUUCUGCCUGAUGAAUUGGGACCUGACACCGAAGCUGCAAAGUCAGCCAAUGAGACGCAACCACAUGUGCCAAGCCUAGAUAAUGAGAAUGCAGACUUGGACGCUUGGUCCACCACAAAGGCCUCAAAAAAGCAGAGCCGGAAAGACAAGAAAAAACAGAAGACUCGUGCAGCAGCGCAGGCACUGCCAUUAACGAAGGAUGAUGCCCCACUGGAAACUCCUGAAGUUCCUACUGAAGCCAAACAAGGCGAUAAUGUGCCGGAUUCAGGAGCUGAGAAGCCGGGAGAAUCUGGAUUUCAAGGGCCUGAUCAGAUUCACACUGAGUUAAUUGAGGACCUAUCUGUCGAAAAUGUACAGCCCACCUCUUCAAAACCGGUCGACGGGCCGGAGCAUGAAAACCUGUCACUCGAACAAGAAGCCGAACCCGACUUGGCAGGGUCUGAAUAUCUCGUUAAAACCAAUGAAGACCAUCCUGCACAAUCCGCUGUUCAAGCAGGCGGAUUUCCCGCUGGAUCCCGAGAGGUUGACGUUUUAGAUAGAGAAGUCGAACAGACAGAGAGAGGGGAUGCAGCACAUCCGUUCGAAGAAGCCAAACCUGGGAAGAAGGGUAAGAAGGACAAGAAGCCGGAGUCAGUGUCUUGGGAAGAGGGAGAGCUACCUACCGAGAUCCCUCCAGCAAAUGCUGAAACUUCCCAGCAAACCCUAGCCGUGGAUGUUGCGGAGGGAGAAUCAACAGGUAAAGAACCUGAGUUUGAAGAGCCAAAAUCUACCAAAUCCAAACGGAAAGCAAAGAAAGAAAAGCGGAAACAGCGGGAGUCGGUGGCAUGGGAAGAGGCGGUUCCAUUUUUGGAACCCGUAGACAAAACUGAACCGGCUCAAGCCGAAAUUGAUGGGACGGAAGAGCCUGAGACUAAUGUUCCCUCAGCUAUUAAACCCGAUUUUGAAGAGCCAAAGUCGAGCAAAGCGAAGCGGAAAGCUAAGAAAGAACAGAAAAAGCGAGAACUCGACUUGUCUGAGGCCCCUUUAGCAACAGAACAGCCCGCUGAAGGUGCAGGUCCUGAGAAACCUUGUGAUCCCGAAAACGAGCAUGGCAACGCAGAAGAAGGAAAGGCUCCAGAAAUUCCCGAGGUGGGAACGGAAAAUCAUAUGCUCGAAGAAAGUCGGGGAGAAGGAUUGAAGAUGGGCGAAGAUGUUGAAGUGGAGGCUGGAGACGCAGUUGACAAACCUGAAGCGGACGACGGUAAAGAAUUUCAAUCUUCCAAGAAGAAAAAAAGAAAAUCAAAGAGAAACGCUAAGACGACCGAUUGGACUGAUGAGAUUCCCCGUGAGCAGGUUGUAACGGAGCCUGCUGACCGAGAUCCUUUGCGAUCGUCAGUUGCAGAUGUAUCCAAAGAGCACGUCGUUCCCGCGCCCGAUGUCCAGAAUGAAAUCGAAAAUUCACCCAUCGCUCCCGACAGCACGGUUGCACAUGAGUCGCCUGAUGUCCCUCCGGAAAAUUUAAGCAAUAUUGCCGAUAGUUUCGUGCCAUCGUCUACGCCGCAGCAGGCUGCAGCAAUGGUACUCGAUGUUUCCGAAGUCCCAUUGCUAGAAUCACCCCCCAAUCUUCAGCAAAACAGCCCUAGAGAGCCUACACUUUCUACCACUAUCGAAGAUAUACCUCUUGCACACAUUACGGAAAUUCCACUUGAGGACCUCGAAGCCGCACCCCCAAAAUCGUCAUCGUCACCAAAACCAAUUCCUCUCACCGAAGAUAGUACCACUUCUGAAAAACAGGAACAAGACAAUGCUUUAGCGACGGAAGCAACAGCCACAAUGCUGGAAACUCAAAUUCACGAUACAGAAAAUCAAGAUUCAGCUGGCGUGAACAUAAUACCUGAGUAUUCCUCUGGGAUGGCUGAUCACCAACAAACCAAUAGACGGGAACGAGCUGCUGAAAUGGAGCCAUUUACAACGGCCAGAAGUCCUGAAGUACCCAUUGUUAGUAAUGAGGAUAAAUCUCUGGAUUCUAUCUUCGGAGAGGUGCCUGAACCACGGGCGGCGGAGCAACUGAGUGAAAUUGAACCAGGAAUAUCAAAGCUAGUAACCCCGGAAAAUGCUCUGGCCGAGGACCACUCUCAACCCAAAUGUGAAGAAAGUCUUGGGAAAACUGGAAUACCUGAACAUGCUUCCGAGGAGCGAGACAUGAACUCUCAGGAGAAGGGGAUUACUUUGGAAGAGGAUGUCGGUUUGUCCCAGAUUGAACAUCCCUCACAGACUGCACCACUAAGCAACGAGGAAACCAAAGACAACAUCCGGCUAGGUGAGCCUACAAAUCCAAAGCGCAAGGAACAUAAGAAAACCAAGAAAGACUUUAACCCUGAAGGCACUAUCGUCCUGUCCAAAUCUCCUGUCACUCCUUCUGAAGUUGCUGCUACGACGCACCAUCCCACUAAGUUAUCUGAAGAGUUAGACCCUGCUUCCCUUGAGUCAUUUGCUCGUCCUCUGUCGAAAAAAGAGAAGCGAGCCAAGAGAAGGAAAGGAACAGAUGUCGGAACGGAAAUCCCCGAGGGAAGAGUAUGGAAGAAUGAGCAGCUAUCGGAGUCAACGAAGCCAAUUGACACACACAGUCUGCCCAUUAUAGAGGCUACCGAUGAAACUCCACAGGACAUUGUUCCAGGAAUUCCAAGCGCGAAAGAUCUUACUGGACCCCAGGAAAAGCCAAUAACACAUUUCCCAUCCUUAAGGACAGAACCCAGUCAGGAGACUGGGCUAUUGAAAACGGACCCCGUUUAUAUGCAGCCUGGAUCGAGAGAAAACCCUGAAACCGAUCAACCAGAAGAAGACAACAUUCCGGAGCCACAAAUGCUGGUCACAGGAACUCAGCGCGAAGAUUCCACAAAUAUCAUUGCCCAGCCCAAUGAGGAAGCGGACCCUGGCAUUCAAGUUCUCCCUGCAAUUGCAUAUAGCCAACCUGCUGAGCAGCCCAUUUCCGAAGUUCCGGCAAGUUCCACAAUCCCUGAGGGUUUCACGCCACACAUCGAAGUUGGCGAGUCACACGGCCUACCCGUGUUUGAAAACCUCGACCAAUAUGCUGCAACACCUGGAGCUGAUAUUGAGAUAAAGGGGAUGAUAAAUCCAUCUAAUCCCCCCGAAAAUCAGCGGCUAGAAGAUCUUGAAGUCUUAGCUAAAGAACGAAACACAGUAGUGCGGGAUGGGGUUACAGACCAACCUCCACCUUACAAAACGUUCAAAAAGAAGAGGAAAAAGAAAGUUCAAGAGCAUGUUAAGGACGGCGAGAUCUUGGAAAAGGAACCUGAGUUUGAUGGCAUCAGUGCAGGGACAGAAGGUUCUUCGCAAAUGUCCAGGUCACCUGAAGAAGCGGAAGGGAUAAAGGAAAAUACGACAGAAUACCCAAUCGAUGAUGAGCGGGAUACCCCUAUUUUGGAUGAGCAAACUGUACGAUAUAUGGAAGAAGAAACCUCUGCAUCUCCAGAGGCUGAAGCUCCAAUGGUCGAGAAACAUAUUGCUAUCAAGACAAGGGAACACUUCCAAAGAGAUGACGACUCACUACCGUCAAUUGACUGGAACAACCCUAACCAAGGCGUUUCGAACAAACCACCGGUUGAAAACCGGAAGCAGCUCACCAGACAGCUCGCGAUAAACCCUGUGGGAACUGAAGCUUAUGAAAGCAGCAGUGUCAGUGAGACCCUAUACUCUGUUCGCGGCAAAACAGAGCGAAAACGAAAGAGCAACAAAGGGAAGCAGAAGCAGCAACAUCUCGACCGAAACCCAGCAUCCGAGGAAUUAAAAGUCCUGGCGAGCACUGAUGACAAAUUGGCCCCUGAAAUAACCAAAUCUGCCGUCACACCCGAUUUACCUCUCGCGCCGAAAGAACAGCUGCAGGAAGACAAAGUCACCGAAGAACCUCCAAGCAAGCGAGGCACCUCACCGUCACCAAAUCGCGAAGUUGGUUCCGAGGAUGUAGCUGAUUCGGCUUGUCACCACGACCUUGCCCAUGAACAGCCAAUUUCUCAGUUUGGGGAAAGUGUAAACACGAUAUCCACUCAAACAGCAGCAGGAACGGUGGCUAGCGUUUUCCCGCAUCUCGAGCGGGUUUCGAGGAAAAAAGGGUCUCACAAAACAUUGGCGGGACGUAGCGGAAAGACUGAUAUCAGCGAAUCGGCACGACCUAUUGAAGACGGCCGACGACAAGGGGAUUAUCGUACGAAGGUAAAUAAAUAUGAUGGUAAACCUGAAAACGAAUGGCGAAAACAAGAGAAGCUGCAAACCCCAGAACUAUCAUCGAAUCAACGCUCAAUCAGCUCCGAACGAAGCCCACAGCCAAUUCGUGAUGAAGAUGAUGUCGCAGGUCCCACCCUACAGCCAUCAGUGUCUUUGUUUGGCGGGCCCUACGGACUGGGUGAACGACCGCGCGCUGUAUCUCCGCCAAAGACACCUCUCGCUACCAUCAGGGAACAAGUUCCAACAGAUUCGCCUUCUUACACUCGUCACCGUGAUUCCUCCGAUGUUGGUUCACCAGAGAGGGGAGUGAAGCUUGCAAGACUGGACCGAAAAUUAAGCCCGGUACCUACUCAGUCAGUUGUCAACAAGCUGAACAUUGAGCGUCGGCGGGUGCCCCAUGAAUCGCCAAGUCCCACACCAAAACCUGCGCUUCGCUCAUUGUCGGGGCCGUACGAUAACAUCCUCAAAACCCCAGAGACCAGUGAGGUAGUGCGGCGAGCAAGUAUCGUCAGCCUCGAGAGCCUGAAAUCCGCGGAUUCGCUGCGCCUUCGCCGAAGCCCCGGCAGUGGCGAUCUCCGGGCUCAAAGCAAACGCGAGCCGUCCGCCCGGAAGAACAAAUCGCCGACGGCCCAACCAGAAGAAGACGACGUAAACAUCGAGGCGCUUCCUUCGUCCUCCACCUACGACCCGGUCACCGACAAGGGCAAACUCCCGCUGCGAGGCAUGGCGGCGGAUGUCUAUGAAGGCUGGGGCGAUGUACCCGGCUCCCCGCUUUCUCCGUCACGCCCACCCAGCGUCCGUCGUCGGCGCAGUCUGCAGCAUCUCCAAGACCUCGAAACCCGUCUGGAUCAACUAGUAUCCGAAAAUCGCCUACUCUCCUCUGCGAAGGCCACAACCGAGAAAGCCUUGGAAACCCUAACAAUCACCCAGAGACAACAAGCAAAGGCGCUCGAAACGCGCGAUCGAGAAAUUCAAGAUAAAGACUCCGAGAUAAAUCAGCUAAAGAAGUCUACUCAAUGGUUGAAGAGGGAACUUGCGAGGCUCACCGAAUUAAACGAGAGCCUCGCAGCGACCAACGCAAAACUCCUAUCCUCUCAGGAAAAUGAAACAAACCAACACAAUGAAGUCGCGCAACAAUGGCAGCGAUCACGGGAGGAGUUGGAGGAUCUCAGAGCGAAGUAUACCCAAUUGUCUGCCGGAAUGGAAAGCAUAGUGAGCAGUGAAGUCGAUACGGCUCUGGCGCUGAAGAACGCAGAAAUCCGUCGGCUACAAGGGGACUUGCUGGAGGCUCAAGAUAAGAUAAAGGAACUCCAGGAGAAGAUCGUCUCCUCGUCGCACGAUAACAUCAUUAUCUUUCGCGACGAGGACUACUUUGAGUCUGCUUGCCAGAAACUUUGCCACCACGUGCAGCAAUGGGUUUUGCGGUUUUCCAAGUUCUCCGACAUGCGCCUGUGUCGCUUGACGAGUACGCUCCGAGACGAAAAAGUCGCCGACCGCUUUGAAAACUCAAUUUUGGAUGGCUCUGACGUUGAUUCUUACCUAGCCGACCGUGUAAAGCGUCGGGACGUGUUCAUGUCUGUGGUCAUGACGAUGAUGUGGGACUAUAUCUUUACACGCUACCUCUUUGGCAUGGACAGGGAGCAGAGGCAGAAACUGAAAACUUUGGAGAAACAAUUGUGCGAAGUGGGUCCGCCGGCUGCCGUUCAACGAUGGAGAGCCACCACGCUGUCGCUGCUUUCCAAACGACGCUCGUUCCAAGAGCAACGGGCCCUGGACACCGAAGCGGUCGUUCAAGAGAUAUACCGCACCUUAUCCAAACUCCUCCCUCCCCCACAGGAAUUAGAGAAAAGCAUUCUUGAUUCUCUCCGGAAAGUGAUGAGGGCAGCUGUCAACCUUUCCAUUGAGAUGCGCACACAGAAGGCGGAAUAUAUCAUGCUCCCUCCGCUACGACCAGAGUACGACACCAAUGGCGACUUAACGCGCAAAGUUCAUUUCAACGCCAAUUUAAUGAAUGAGCGGAGCGGAGAGACCACCUCCAAUGAAGAACUUGAGGUGCAACAGGCCGUGGUUCGCAUAGUUCUCUUCCCAUUGGUUGUCAAGAAGGGCAGCGAUGAAGGUGAAGGUGACGAAGAAAUCGUUGUCUGUCCGGCUCAAGUCCUUGUUGCGAGGCCAGGCAAAGAUAAGAAAGUCGUCAGGGUGUUGAGCGGCGACCGGCUGUCUGCCAAUCCGGUGAGCCAGUCGAUCCAGAGUUUCCCGUCGAUAGAUAUGGAUACAAGUAACUUGAUAUGA